AGCCAUGGCUGGACAACGACUUCCUUUGUUUCUUGACCCCUCCGAUACGACUUUCUCGUAAAAUAUUGCCUGAGGUGCGGUUUUGGGUUACAUUAGCGUUUUAUCUGUUCAGUCGUAUUAGCAGGAAUAAAACGACUUGUUUCUGUUGUACUUGAGUCUUACGAAAAGGUGCCCAUAGUUUAAUGACAGUUUCCAAAGGCUUUAGUACCACCUGUAUUACAAAAUGGGGGACCCAAACUCCCGGAAGAAACAAGCUCUGAACAGACUUCGUGCUCAGCUUAGAAAGAAAAAAGAAUCUUUAGCUGACCAGUUUGACUUCAAGAUGUACAUUGCCUUUGUGUUCAAAGACAAGAAGAAAAAGUCAGCGCUUUUUGAAGUGUCUGAAGUGAUACCAGUCAUGACCAAUAAUUAUGAAGAAAAUAUCCUGAAAGGUGUGCGGGAUUCCAGCUAUUCUUUGGAAAGUUCCUUAGAGCUUCUGCAGAAGGAUGUAGUACAGCUUCAUGCACCCCGCUACCAGUCUAUGCGCAGGGAUGUGAUCGGCUGUACCCAGGAGAUGGACUUCAUUCUUUGGCCUCGUAAUGAUAUUGAGAAGAUAGUCUGUCUCCUGUUUUCUCGGUGGAAGGGAUCUGAUGAACCCUUUAGGCCUGUUCAGGCCAAGUUUGAAUUUCAUCACGGUGACUAUGAAAAACAGUUUCUGCAUGUUCUGAGCCGAAAGGACAAGACUGGAAUUGUUGUCAACAACCCUAACCAGUCAGUGUUUCUCUUCAUUGACAGACAGCACUUGCAGACUCCAAAAAACAAAGCUACAAUCUUCAAGUUAUGCAGCAUCUGCCUGUACCUGCCACAGGAGCAGCUCACUCACUGGACGGUUGGUACCAUAGAGGAUCACCUCCGUCCUUACAUGCCAGAGUAAGGUACUGGCCAGCAAAAUGGGGAAGAUCACAGAAUGCAGCAGUGGAUUUUCACUUUCCUCACCACUUUAUUCUUUCAGAAUUUAGAAGAAAAUGGACUCAUGUUCAGAACACUAUACAUUGUGAAACUUGAUCAUCCUGGAUUUUUUUUAUCAUUUGUAUCUCAGAACUUUACAAUUUUUUUUAGAUGUUUUCUGCAUGGACCUUGUGAAAGAGAGGAUGCUCUGCACGCUUCUGCACUGCAUCAGCAUCUUACUAAAAUGUGAAAUGAAGGGACUGUACACUGAAACAAAUGUAUCCGAAAGCACAAGGUGAUCAUUUGUGAUGGUGUUCCCAUUUGUGCUGGUCAUGCCCCCUAACAUCUAUAAAGUUAACCAUCAGUAUUUGGAGGGUGAGAAGUGAAUGUAACAGGUAUAAAAGCCUUAUAGCUUUGCUGUUAAUGAUUGUAUCAAAGAGCACUAUCAUUCAUUUUAAUGAACAGAAAAGUGGCUAUUACAAUAGGAAGUAAAUGCAGGAAAGAAAUCUUUCUUAAAAAAAAGAAAAGCAUCUCAUUUAAUGUGUAGGCAUUCUUUGCCUCUUUUAUUUUGCUGGGCCAUGUCUAAGUUUACUGGCACUUUCGUUUUGGAUCUCUUUCCCCAAGUUGCUGUAUAACUGUAUGAAAGUGUUCUUUUGAGUUGGAUGCAUUUAUACAGAUGAGGCAGACCUGGAGUCUGAAGUUGCUAAAGCAGCUAAAAAUAAAGUAAAAUAAUAGCUGCAGAAACAAUGUUGGUAGAGGAUUAUUUUUUCUUGAGAGUUGAGACUUGUAAACUUGCAGGUGAACUGUGCAGGAAAUACUGGUUUCUAAAACAUUUCUUACGGAAAACCCAUUGAGGUUUUUUUUUCUUUUGGAAUAGACGUUAUAAAACAAUGUAAAAUAGUGUUUGGAGUGUCAAAAGUUGGUUCUGACAGAACAUUUUAAGAUUGUGCAAUGAUAAAAGGAAGACUACUGUAUAGUUUUGAUGACAAGAAGGCUCUGCUUAAGGGUUGAGUACUUUACUGGAGUAAAACUGCAUAAGCCUGCUCCCUUUGGAUAAAACUAGUGCUUACCUGUUUAAAACUUGUAUUUAGCUUUUGUUUGGAAUUGGAAAAAAUUGGAACUUAAAUAAAUUAGGUGAAAGAUGA